AUGGCAGUACCAGCGGAAAAGGAUCACACACCGAAACCUGACUCCAUUAACGGUUGUUGUAACCAGUGGAAGAGCAAAUACUUGAAGGCUCAAGAAUCACGUAAUGCUCUUCGCCAAGCUGUCAAGUUCCUCGAAUGCAAAGUCAAUGAAAUUCAGGCCCACGACAAUAGAGAAUGUUAUGCUGUGGACAAGAAUGAACUCUAUAGCUUGAAGUCUCAGAGGGGAUGUGACGGGGGUACUAUGAAUUGGGAUGAGAAUGAGAAGGUGUUGGGGUUUCAAGCUUGUAUAGCUGAGAAGGACAAGGAAAUCUGUAGAUUGAAUGAGCUUUUGGAGAUUGAAAAGAGAAGAGCUGAUUCUAAGAGGAAGAGAGUUGCCGAAACUUUGAAGUUACUGGAACAAGAAAAGAAUAGGGGGGCGCAGAUUGCGAGAAUUAAAAUGGAGAAUGCUGAAGGGUAUAGGGUUCAUAUUGGUCAAUUGGAGAAACAGGUUAGUGAAGCAAAACAGAAAUCGACAUGUGAGAUGUCUGCAUUUAAAAAGGUGAUCCGAAGGUUUGAUUGUAAAAGGCGCAAGAUAUUGGAAGAGAAAAGAAGAGCUGAGUUAGAGAUGACAAAAGCGAACCAAAAGUUGGAGGAGGUUGAAAAACUCAGAGUCGUUGAGAUGGUUAAACUAAAUGAACAAAAGGCGCUUGUAGAAGAUAACUGGAGCAAGUUCACGGAAGAGAAAUGUCGCGCUGAUCAGAUGUCUCAGCAGCUAGAAGAAGAUAAGAGGACAAUUGAGGAUUUGAAGCGGAGGAUAUAUGAGCUCUCAUCCCUAAGAGAACAUGUUGAAAUGGCCACUGAGAUCAGUGCGGAAGCUCAAAGUAGCCGACGCUCUGAAGUGAAACAUUUGAAAAGAAAUCCAGUGGUUGAAAAGUUACAAGCAAAGCAUACCAAGCAAAAAUAUAAGUUAGAAGCAAGUCAUUACGGUAUUUUACGACACGAAUUAGGUCGUCUAAAGAUUUGUUUUGUUCAGCUUCUACAUCGCUUUGAUGUGCUGGACACAUCCUUUUUUCCUGUUUCAGGGAGUAUACAAGACCAAACAAAGAAGUUUUUCGACAUGGAUAAUUUUGGUUUGGUGGUGACUGUUUUGAAGUCUCUAAUUAUGUCACUCGAGGGUGAGAGUCUAUCUGAUGUUACUGCUUCUUCUCUUCCUUCAAUGAACCACCUGCAUACUGAAUUUUGCACAAAUGUUAGUUGCCCCUUCUUAGAAAGCGAUGAAUCCAUUGACGCCAUUGCAAGCUUGCUCUUAGAUGAGAUAAAGAGCUGCUGGCUUCAACGGAUAAAACACGUUGAUUUAUCAGACUGUGGAUUGAUGCCAGACAAUGAUAAUGUUGGACAAUGGUCUAAUGGUGAAGCAGAUCAAUAUGCCACUAACAAGAACAAUGAUGUGUCCAGUCGUUUGAGAAAGUGUUUGGUUUCUGAUACUCGACCACAUGCUCUUAAGAAUGCAAUCCUCUGCCGCCUUAGUGAUAUUGUAUCAUUAGUGGAACUGGUAGCAAACAAAAUGAGGUGGCAUUGGACUGAUAUCAAACUUGUUCCUCAGCUGCUCGACAUGCUUGACACAUGUGCCGAGGAAAAAAUCGUCAUUGCUAUCAUUGUACUUCUCGGUCAACUUGGGAGGAUUGGAAUUGAUAAUGGCGGAUAUGAAGACCGAGGAGUUGAAAACCUGAGAUGUAAUUUGUUUGCAUAUUUAUGCCGUGUCUCUUCCACCAAAGCAUGCCUUUCUGUUCAAAUUGCUACUGUUAAUGUUCUCUUUGGCCUUCUUCCUAUUGGUCUUGAAACCCUUUUCCUUACUAACAUCAGUCUUUCGGCAUAUUCUAAGUCUGUUUCAGACAAUGUUGAAACUUUGAGGAAGUGGUUUUUUGGACUGGAUCAAGAAGAUCAACAAAUAUUGCUAUCUGGUAUUUUAAAACACACUGAUGUAUAUAACAAGUCAAAUUUGUCUGUACUUUCACAUUUAAAUAGGUUUCCCGAGCCGAUGAUUCAUUGA